AUGUUGCUUGGCCUCAUCAUUUGUCUUCUUUUCGUACCAAUUAUCCUACGGCUUUCGCAAUGGAUCAAUAAUUACAAGGAAGCGCGUCGACUUGGCCUGCCCAUUGUGCUCAUUCCCGUCUCUUACGAAGAUGCUUGGUGGCUGCCUUUACGACCACUCUUCGCAUGGGUACAAAAUCUACCAUUCGGACUCGGGGUCUGGUACGUCUACACCGAAAUGGGCUGGCCGACCGUUGAUGGCCGUAAAACUUCGACGAGACUGGGAGAGAAUUUUGUGUUAUGCUCACCUACCUGCAUCCAACUCGUUACAUGUUACAUACCAGCAGUUUCUCAAACAUCUCGCGAUCAUGGCUCUUGGAUAGUUCCACCGGCACAAUCGCAACUCUUUGCUUUCUUCGGACAGAAUGUUUCGUCAACUCAAGGAGCAGAGUGGCAGCGCCAUCGUAGGAUAGUCGGACCUGCAUUCAACGAGCGCGCCAUGGAUGAAGUCUGGCGCGAGACCAGUAAAAGGNUGGCAUCACUCGAGUUCAGCGAUACCUACACUCUAGGCGGGCUUCGUAGGACUUUCGAUGUUGUCGCGAUGCAGAUUCUGGCUAUUGUUGGGUUCGGGCAACAAGCCGAACUGACAAAAAUCCACUCUGGACAUGAAUUGUCUUUUAUGGACUCUCUUGGGUUCAUUCUGCAGAACAUCAUUCUAACUCUGCUGUUCAACAGUCUCAAAGCUCCUGAUUGGACGCUUCCGAGUAAACUCAGACGGCUCAAGCUAUCUGUUUCGGAGUUCAGAGUCUACAUGCGAGAAUUGAUUCGUAACGAAACGCAAUCGUCAACAAAGCGUGCGACCUUGUUAUCGGCAAUGGUCUCUGCCAAUGAGGCGGCCAAGAAUGAAACCGGCGAGAAAUCAGUCCAGGGUCGCCCUAAAUACCUGACAGAAGAGGAAUUAUACGGCAAUCUUUUCGUCUUCAACCUGGCGGGCUACGAGACUACUGCCUCUUCCCUCUCCUUCGCUUUGCCCUUUAUCGCUGCUUAUCCUGAAGUCCAGCGAUGGAUUAUGGAAGAGGUCGACAAGUAUUACAUCCAAGACAGCGACUACACUGAGACUUUCCCGAAGAUGGCUAGAUGUCUUGCUUGGAUGUAUGAAGUCAUGCGUCUGGCAAGUCCUGCUCCUUUACUCGUGCGUACCCCUACCUCGCCUCAAACCUUGCCUGUCAUCACAGCAAACGGUUCCUGCGAAGUGGUCGUCAACCCUGGCGUCCAAGUAGGAUGGCACAUGUACGCAGGGCAUCUGUCGCCUCGCUGGGGCCCAGAUGCAUUACAAUUUAGACCUCAGCGCUUCAUCGUCAAUGCUCCAGAUGGCACAGAAAGUGUCGCAGUACCCGAUGGCGUGCUCUUCUUCCCAUGGAUCGGGGGACCGCGCGUAUGUCCUGGCNAAAAGUUCUCCCAAGUUGAAUUUGUGGCGCUGGUCGCAAACAUACUUUCCAGGUAUCGCGUGGAGGCAGUCGCGCAAGGACAUGAGUCGGAGAUGGAGGCUAGACAGCGCUUGCUGAGUGUCUUGGACGACAAGUAUUUCAACAUCAGUGCGCAUUUCAAAAGGCCGGAAGAUGGUGCUGUGCGCUUUGUGCCUAGGACUGGCAAUUGA